AUGGCCGAUUUACCUCCUUCUCGUGUACAAGCUGCACCUCCAUUCUCCACCGUUGGCGUAGAUUAUGGAGGUCCUUUCCUCAUUAAAAACCACAAGGGCCGAGGUGCCAAAACCUCUAAGAGCUAUUUAUGCCUUUUCAUCUGCUUUGUGACCAAAGCAGUUCAUUUGGAACUGGUGACUAAUCUAACAUCGGAGUCCUUCAUAAUGACAUUCAGGCGGUUUGCUUCCCGCCGAGGAAAACCGUCUCACGUGUAUUCCGACAACGGAACCAAUUUUGUUGGAGCCAAUUCGCUACUGAAAGAAUUGAGCUUAUUUUUAAAGAGUAACGGCGAUCACAUCAAUAAAACGUUUGCUGUUGAAGGCACCACAUGGCACUUUAUUCCUGCCCAUAGUCCUCAUUUUGGAGGCCUGUGGGAGGCCGGUAUAAAAUCCGUAAAAUCACACUUAAGGAGAGUAUUAGGUACAUCCUUACUCACGUAUGAAGAAUUUAGUACUUUGCUAUCUCAAAUUGAAGCGACUAUCAACUCCCGUCCGCUUUCUCCCUUAUCAAGCGAUCCCAAUGACUUCCAACCCCUCACGCCGGCACAUUUUUUGAUUGGAAGACCACUGACCUCACUGCCAGAUCCAGACGUCAGCAGUAUACCGAUUCCACGUCUCAAAGCAUUUGAGCUAGUUCAACAACUUCAUCAACGCCUGUGGAAGAGAUGGAGUAAAGAAUAUGUAAGCGAGCUACAGCAGCGCACGAAAUGGCGAUCUCAUCUGUCCGACCUCAAAAAUGGCACCUUGGUGCUCUUGAAAGAAGAUAACCAGCCACCUCUACAUUGGAAGCUGGGUCUUGUUGUAGCUGUUCAUCCCGGUGCAGACGGAGUAGCGCGAGUUGCAUCUGUGAAAACUAUAAAUGGAGUGGUGAAACGUUCUUUUGCAAAAAUUUGUCCUCUGCCAAUCGUAUAG